AUGUCUCGUGAAGGCUCCCCCACCAUUGUUCCGCGGCGGAGAAAGCCCUUCGUGUUGCCCGAUGAUAGUGAUGACAGCGAUUCCUCUGCUGAGAAUUGUACGAUAUGUCUCAUGAACUUCGAUGGACAAGUUGCUUCUCCGGAUAGCUGUGCGCAUUCUUUCUGCGUACAGUGUCUAAAGGAGUGGGCGCAGAAUGUUAACACCUGUCCCAUUGAUCGCUUGCUCUUUCGAAAUAUUCUCGUCCGUAAUACAACUGGCGGCCGUGUUAUCAAGAAGAUACCGGUCAAGGAUACCAAAUUUCGACCAGAUGAUGAAGAGGAGGAGGAGGAGGUAGAAGAACCACCGACAUUCUGUGAGGAGUGUGGAUUCUGUGACCGGGAAGAUGUGAUGCUUCUGUGCGAUACCUGUGACGGAGGCUAUCACCUUGAUUGCCUGAACCCACCACUAGCUGCAGUGCCAACUGGUAGCUGGUCCUGCCCUGUGUGUAGCUUUAUUGAUACAUCCAACGCUACGCCACCCGUGUCUGAUGAUGGACAGGAGGAGGAAGAAGAGGAAGAAGAAGAAGAGGAGGAGGAGGAGGAGGAACACUCGUCCGACAGCAGUGAUGAUGACGACGAUCCUGGUCUGAAAAUCGCAAGUGACUCGGACCUUUCUCUUGACUUUGGGGACUACGAGGUUGACAAUGACUACAUGCCUGGCGCUGAAGCUGCCUCUAGUACUGGCUCACCGCUGAGCAGUGGUGGAGCCGUUGGAAGUCGCGCAAGCUCACGGUCGUCCACCCCGGGCCAAGCAAGAAACCCCAAGCCUGCUGCUACCAGGAAGCGUAAGACCAAAGCAAAGCCCAGCAAAAAGCGGAAAGUGGCCGGCAAGCGGAAGACGAGCAAGCGGAAGACAAACAAGCGAAAAGCUGCUAGCAAUGACAGCGGUUCCAGCAGGAAAUCAGUACGUGGAUCUAGGCGACGGAAGAAGCUGGGUGGAAGAAGAGCACGGAAAGUCUUUCGGAUACCAAGAGUGCCAAGGCAACAGCAAUCAUCCAAUGGCCCCAGGACAGUAGCUGCUGUCCGUGAAUCUCGGCGGCGCAGUCAGGAUGUGGCAACGGUACGAGGAGCCAGCGUUGGUCGGCAGCGGCACCAGGCAGUGCCUCGACCCCGGCCGCUCCCUCCACCACCAAAGAGAGAAGAGAAUAUGUCUUCGGAUGAUAGGCAGCGUAUGCAGACUCGACGAACAGCCAUUAGGCGGCUACAGCGAGAGAUUUGGUAUGACAGUCACCCUGAAGCCGGUGAUUGCCUUCCACCACAUUUAAUCCCUGCUGGCCAAAGCUCUGCCGAUGGGCCGCGAAGUCGUGGAGUAGCAUCAUCUUGCUCUAGCAAGCCGCAAACAUCGUCAUCCACAGAUUUAAUUGGUGACAUUAUGCAGGAAAUCAACAACGUAGCACGUCCCCAAGCGGCAUCCGUUGCUCGUGACGGCUCCGUCCUUUACUCAGCAACUAGUAGCAAGGUGUCAUGUGCGGUGCUGUCUUCAGCAAAUGCUGGAAGUGGACCAAGUGGACCAGCGACCAGCUCAUCUCUUGCUCCUGUCUUCUCAUUCGCUACUGGCUCCUGCAUCACAUCAAGGCCAGCCAAGUCAUCACUGCCAGGAUCUGAACACCCUAGCCCUGCAUCCUCGAGUCAACGGCCCGCAGUUGCUCAAGACUCUGCGUCCAUCCAUUCCAUUGGAAGCGCCUCAUCGCACCUUUCUCUUCGUUCUGUUGCCAGUAGUGCUGCACGUGAUGCUCAGCUGGCCGCCUCUGAUGAUGACUCAAUGUCGUUAGAUUCUCUUGACAGUGUUUCGUCACAUCGCUCUUCCGUUAGAUCAUCUGCUUCGGUAGCUGGUAGGGUACCGUCAGGCAGUAACUCCAGUUCUUGCUCUGCCAAACUGCGCCCUGUUGUACCACCACCGGCCUUUGCCAGCGGCGGUGAGCCGAAUACUUCUUUGUUUGCUGCUGGGGUGGGAUCACUUGCACGAAACUCGCCAGCGGCAUAUACCAGCUCUGCAGCUGACGGUGCUGAUCCACUCAGUGGCACUGUGUCAACUCCAUCUCCGUCGAUGCUGGCAGCAACAAAUAACAACGGUGGCAGCAGUUGCAGUGAGAGAAGCAGUGCUGAGAAGAUGGUAAGUGGAAAGUUGUUAGGCCACUGUGGGAGGCCACCCACGCCACAGUCGCCCGCGACCACUCCUGUUGCUACUGCUGACACUGCGACUGACACUUCUACUGCGACUGACACUGCUAUUGCUACUGAUACUGCUACUGCUACUGAUACUACUGCUGAUACUGCUGGUGCUACAUCUACUGUUGUUGCUGUUCCUGCUGUAUGUAGUAUUGUGUCAUGUGAUUCUAUAUCUUCAAGUAACAGAGCUGUACCAUUGCACUUAUCGCAACAACACAUGACCACUUUGCAAUGUGGCAACUCUCCCUCGGCCACUGUCCAGUCCCCUUCAUCCGACACUUUUUCUUUGAGCAGUUGUGCUGAAUCUGAUCCUGACAAUGAGCUGGAAAGGCAGCAGCAGCAGCAGCAGCAGGUGUUGCCUUUGGCGCCACACUGCAGUGCCAACGAGCAGGAAGACUCAGCUGAUGACGAUUUUGAUCUGCGAAGUGAGGCCAGUGACGAAGGUAGCCUGGAUGAUCAUGCAACUGUCCAUGAACAGGAUCCGUCAGCCCCAGUUAGCUCUGCAUGUACCUCUCGCAUGUCACCAGAAUCCCCGACUGCUGAUUGCAAACAACCCUCACCACAGGAUUUUAAUUCCGUCUGUGCCAAUAGGAGAACUUCUUCAACUUCACAAGAACCUGGUCAAGAAGUAAUCCAGCCCAUCACAUCACCUAAAGCAUCAAUGGCACUGCAUCCUGUCACUGCUGAACAACAUCUAGCCACGGAGCCAUCGGAUAUGGACUUUGAUCUCCAGAGUGUGGCAGGUGAUACAUGUGUUGACGAUCCUAUGUUCGUGAACCAAGCCCGUCUUGGUGCUGUGCCAUCUAAUGGCAAGGAAUUUGAUACUGCAAUAUCAUUAACGUUGCCUCGGCAGGGCUCUGGAGCAACUAGCAUUCCUGAUGAAGUGGUGCAUAAUUUCCGAUCUGUUUCCCCUGCCAGCCAUGGAGAGCCUACCAGUCCAGUUAGCUUACAAAGCAAACCCUCGUCGGGGGAUGUUGCGGAAGAGCAAGAUGAAGAGCAGCACAGUGAUGUUGAAGAUGCAACUGACGAGGCUGUUGAGAGUUGCUUUGACCUGCAGAGUGAGGGCAGUGUGCAUGCAUCUACCGUGGAGGAUGGUGACGCAGGUCUCCCUGUCGAGCCAGAGACAGUCACUGAUUCAUGUGUGCAACGUACUGGUCUUGAUGUGGGGACAUCUAGCGACCACAGCAGUUCACUUGCCAAUCAAGAAUCAUCUACACCUGGCUUGGCAGCUUCAUCAUCGAUGGACAAGGAGUUCCAGCCCUGCAACCCUAUCAACUCAGAAUGUGAGCGAGAUGAACCGUUGGACUUGGAUUUUGAUCUCCAGAGCAUUGUUGGUGACCUCUCUACAGACGAUCCAGUACAUGUUGUUGCUGCAGCGGGCAGAGCUAGUAGCCAGUUAGCUGGGAAACCUGCUGAUGAUAUUGCAGCCUGUGUACCCCCUUCUAGUGCGUCCACGCAAGCUAUACCAGCAUUACAAGCCAGCACUUCUUGCACCGAGCUCAACUCUGUACCAAACUCGCGGCACUCUGAUGAAAGCACCGACGCUGGUUUGCAAGCUACCAAUUCUGAUCUUGGCCACUGUAUUGCAAGUGAUGCCGAGCUUUCUCCGUCUUCCGACGCUACUGCUGCAGUGUUGGAUUUUGAUCUUCACAGUGAAGCAGGUGAUCAGUACGAGGAGGAUGCUGCACAGAGCUGCUCUCCACACUGCCAAGCUGGUAGGGACAGUGAUAGCACAUCCACCCUGAAAUCUCCCAGUGCUGAUAGCUCUAAGGCCGUGGCUGGCGGCGAUGGACCAGACAGUUUGGUUUCAGGGCCAGGCACGGCAGCAGCUGUCGAGAAGAGUGCUGCACAAAACUGUGGCGCAGACCAGGCUGUACAAUGUCCAGGUGUUGCCUCUCCAACACACUCUGACAUGUCUUCUCCAUCAACUCGUGGAGUGGAGCAGCACUUUGCCAAUGAAUCCUUGCGCCGUCAAACUUCUGGUGACGUGUGUCCAGGAGGCUCUGCUGGCAUUGCAAGUGAUGCGGCUGCUCUUAGUGAUGGCGACAUCCACGCAGACCACUCUAGCGCAUUGGCUGAGCGUCGAGGUGAAUCGCAAAGCAACGAUGUGCAGCCCAGUGAUGUGGCCGAUGGUGGGCUAUUGAGCGGGAAUGACUUCCAGGUCAGCGUGCCGCUACCGUCUGAUGAUAAUGGUGGUGUUUGUGAUAAACCUGACAAUGCCAGCUCCCUUGUGCCUGCUUACAGUGAAGCACACUCCGAGUCUAGUGAUGACUCACAGCCCACUAACCCAACUCGUGCACAGUGUUUCUCUGUGAAGCGCGCCGAUUCACCCACACCUUCACUGGCCAGCAAAGGAGACUCCAGCGAGUUGGACUACUCGCCAUCGAAUAGUCCGUCUCGGCCUUGUACUCCAGACACUGACUUGCAGACACAGACACCAUUGCAUCGGGCUCAUGAGGCAGCAGCAGCACCAGCAGCAACUUGCAGGCCAUCAGCCCACGGUUCUCAUCUUCGUCCUCUAUCUCAUAUCGCCAGGAAACUGCCACCUGCCUCUGCACCUUCAACUUCUGAAAAUGAACACAGGUGCGACAGGAGAGAUGAAGUACCGACACCAACAGAGACCUGCUCACCCUCUUGUUCUACCUCUGCGGCUGCUCUUGGUAGUCGAGGCUCUGCCACUACUACUCAUGCCCCAGAAGAUCAGACACUGGUGCGCGGAGCAAACAUUGCGCCAGCAGCCACAGUGCCUCCGGGAAACACCAUCACAAUUCCCAGCCAGGAAGUUGCCCGCAAUCAUCUUAAUCAAGAAUGCAGGAAUGACGAGCGGUCUACAGCAUCGCGGACAUGGGCUGAAGGUAGCGUACAGCAUCAGUUACGGCUGGAAUAUGAACAACAACAGCGGCAACGUUUGCUUAAUCGCCGUGCCGGUUUUCUUAGACGAAAUGAGCAGCAGCAACAGCAGCAAGAAUGCAGUGUGCCCCGUAUUUCAUUAUUGUCAUCCGAACACCGAGCUAAUGCGAGUGACCGAGAUGAUUUGGAGUCGGUGAUCUGCGUGGAACGUUCCCCAGAACCAGUAGACGUUGUGGUUAUUGAGAGUGAAGAUACUGCUAGCCCUAGGCUUUUGAGCACGUCUCCCGUUGAUCCACAAUUUCUAUCGGUGUCGACUGGCUCACACGUAUCUUCACGACGGGUGCGAGUGUAUUCUCCAGCUAGCGAUGCGCCUUCUGCAAAGGAUUCGCGUCGGAAGACGGGAAAACGCUUACGGGACCACUCCUCUGGAGGCGAGACGCGUAGGAAAAGAACCCGAUAUCACGAUGACCAGUCACCAACUCCUCCACAUGAGGAUGGCCACCGCCGUCACCGCCAUCGUCGCCGCCGUCACCACCACCACCGCAGCGGCAGCAGCAGCAGCAAUGAAGAAGACGAACACAUUGGUCACCAUGGUCAUGACUCACAGCAUCACUCGCGUUCCAAACGGCACAGAACACUGGAUUCAGCUGAAUUGGAGUAUUUCUCCGAUGGUACGGAACCCUCACCAAGCUCGGGGACAUCCCCGCAUCAGUCCCGUUCUUCUAAGAAGCGUCGGCGGCAUCGAUCUGCAUCCUCUGAGUCGGAUGUGCAACCAAAGCGAAAGAAGUCGCACUCUCAUAAACACAAGAAACGUAAGAAGAAGAAGAGCAAGAAGAGUAAGAAAUCUCGGCAUCGCAAUCACUCGGAGGAUGAGAAAGCCGUAGUACUGUCUGACAGCUCUCUGUCUCUCCAGCUCAGUAGCAGCUCUUCUCUGUCUGGAAAUCCCACCCAGACUGUGCCAGGGACUUCUUGUAAUGAUCCUCCUGUUGCGACUACCACCCCUAGUGCUGUUCCAGUUGAUGUGCUUCCCCACCACAACCGUUUGCCCAGCAUCUCACCGAAGAAGAACUGUCCAGAAGCUAGAGCGCCAGUUUCUAUUGAAACAUACCCUGACAGUUCUUCUGAAUCUCAUGCUGGCCAUCAAGUCGGCCAGCCUGUCUUAGCACAAGCAGACGGCGCAGCAGCAGCCAAGUUGGUGCCAUCCGUUUCUUCUCCCGGUGCUGGCGUGUCGCUCAAAUCACCACUCAAUUCACCAGUCAAACGAGGCUUGGAAUAUCGUACUUUGCCAGGAAAGCCAGUGGUCGCCGCGGCUCAGGAGCCGACCGCUGAAGAUCUGUUUGGUGAUCUUGUCAGCCAAGUGGCGUCGGCUGAUUGUCACGCUGGACGCAGCCUGGAUCCUGUAGAGGUAGAGCAGAGCGGAAUGCGCUACACGAAAUCUGCAGCGACUGUGUUCACUCCGAACAGCGCUACAACUAAGCCGCUCACAGCUACAGGCAGUGCUACUGCUGCACUUGAGCAACGCCGCGGCGUGGGAAAGCCAACAGGCCUGGUCUUGUCCAGCCAGUCUAGUAGAUCGUCCAUUGAUAUCGAUUUCGACGAUGUGGACAGCUCCGCUGGUGAGGCAUUUGCCCAUAUUGAAAAGCCUGUGGACGAUAACAUUGGCAAUCUAGCCAACCCGGAAAUCGGCAAUCAGGACGAUGCGGUUAUGGAAUAUGAAGACUCUCUGACAUUAUCAUUCUCUAAUAAAUCAUCUCCACUUCAGCUAGAGCUAGAGUCCUUGCCGUCGACGGUCGAGGUGGAAUUUGGCAGCGAUCUCAGUAGUGCCGAUAAGCUGAUUGUCCACGAUGCACCCGCGGGUCAACAGCAGCAGCACCGCGGUGAGAAGCUCACCAGUGCUGAGAUGUACACCAUGGAGAAAGAGCAACGCGUGCGGUCACAUGGCCAACUGGAAGUCUCCUUGACAGAGUGGACCACCGGCAACGAAGCUGAUUCUGUCAGUCAGCGUUCUGAGAAGAUCAUGCUGCAGAUUGAGUUGGGUAGGCUUCGCGACAACCAGAUUCUCAAGAAGAUCAAGGCGAUCUCCUAUCGAGAGAAAGUACACCGCUGGUUGCAGCGCUCUGUGAAUGCUGAUCCACCAAUCGAUGUACCUCUCAAUAAGUACGAGGAAGCUGCACUGGCUAAGGAGAAACAUCUUGCAGAGCACGCUAGAAAGGUCUCCGAAAAGUCACCAAUGGAGGCGGCUGGUCCGAGGAUUCAGCGUUCUACUUCCGCCACCAGUCUGACUAGUUUGAUGGUGUCCGUGGACAACGACGACAUCAAAGCACGUGCUGUUGAUGAGUUCUCUUUCAGACGGUCACAGCCUCUACCCACAGCACAGCAGCAGCUACCCACGCCUGGGCUGUCAAAGCCAGUUGCUGCUGCUGCUGUUGAGCUAGCCACUGCAUCUGAUUUCGGCCCGUCCAGUCUGAUUUGUCGGAAACAGCCCUCUCUUAUUCCAGGGUGUACGCCACAAGACCUUGCAGCUAGCGCCUCACAGCAAAUAUCAGAAGCUAAUGAGGAACAACAAAAGCAGCUACCACAGCAGAAUGAAGGCCUGGAGCGGCUGCAGCCGAAGAAGAAGCCAAUAUGGCUGCAGGUUGCCGAGUCUCUGCCCCCACCACCGCCACCACCUUGCCAGCCGCCUGUCCGACCUAAGACACAUGGUAACAGCAGUGCAGCGUUGUCUCAGAAUAGUAACUCCAUGGCGGCUAUUGCUCCUACAGGUUCCAGACAAAUACGACCAGUUGUGCGGCAGACCCUAGUGCCUGCAUCUGCAACGCAGAGGUUGACUACAAGUUUACAACAGCCAGCCAAUGCCCCCAAAACUUAUGUUACAGCACCGUCUUCACACCAGCAGCAGCAGCACAGGCCAACGACCAAUGGCCAGUACUCGGCACAAUAUCAGCCUCAUGUCUCUUGCCAGGAUGCUUCCAUGAACAAUAGGCAACGGUGGCCCCUGCCAGCUGUUACUCACACAAGCCAGCCUGCCCUGCCGCUUCCCAAUGAGCUAUACUCUCAAUCCCAGCAAGUACCACAUCACCAGUUUGAAGUUCCAGGCGACAUGUCGCUACAGCCUCUGCUCACUCCAGCUCAUGCGUCCAAUACUAAUAAGACAAAGAAUAAACCCGCUGUCCAAGUGGCUUCGCAGGCAAUCCCUGUGGAUCUGGACGAGUCGCCGUACAGUCCCAAGUCCGUUUGGAGUGAAGCUCCGUUUGCCUUGACUCGAGACGACGACCCACUCAGCAAAAACUCUAGGGAUCCCCGCUCCAGGCAUGCUGCCAACCAUUCCUCUAACGCAUCCGGUUUAGCCCAGCUCGCGGCUGUUCUUCCAGCAUUGAGCCCACUACUGCAGGUUCAAGCCACUGAUCCUGCCGACUCCUCACUAGAUUCUCAGGAGUUUGAGAUCGACCGGUCGUCCCAUUCCAAAAUGGAGGUGCAGCGAAAGAUUGCAGAGGAGGUUAAAGUGGUGCUGCGUGAUGCUUUCAACAACAACGCUAUCUCCAAGGCAGAAUACAAGGACAUUCUUCGCCGCGCUGUACAAAAGGUAUUUCACUCGGGGCAGAAAACCACCAGACCUAGUGUCAUUCACGAUUUGACCCGGGAGUAUGUCGAGAGAGCUGUAAAAAGAAGAUCAGUUCGCCUAUGAUAUUUAUUGUAUCUUCCACGUGCCAUAAAAUAUACCUUGCGGCCAAAUAGGAGGUCUCCAGUAUAUUUUAGUAUUUUUUUUUCUACGAAAAGAGGAAUGGACAGAGUAUGCUUGACAGGCAAAUGCUGCAGGAAUUAAGUUGCAUAUUAUUAUUAUUCCAUGUUGCGCUGCCAAUAUAGCUGCCCUGCGUUAACCAGCUACUAUUCAUCAAGCCCCAUGCAUGUCAACUCGCACCACAUCAUAAUUAUAUAAAUAUUAUCCAGUCUACUGGUAUGUGCGGCCAGAUGUGAUUGAACCGGCUUAAAAUAUAAUAUUAUUGUUCUUGCUCUGCACUAUCAGAUUUUAUUAUGCCGGUCGCCGUUUGCUGCUUUGUUUAUCGUGGACGUUCAUGUGCCUUAUCUAAAACCUGUUUCCUAUUUUCAACUGCUAGCAAUAGCCUAACAGCCAGUAGAGUUAUUCUGGUUGGGUGUCUGGUUUUUGUUCUUGUCUUUGUUCAGAUGAUCUGCUGAUUUUAUCUCCAAAAUACUCCAGUUAGAUUCCCGGUUUUACGUUA